AUGCCUGUCGUAGCGGCCGCCGCCGUCGCCGUCGCUGCCCGCCCGACGCCCCCGGCUGGCCGCCCCGCGCGCCCGUGCCGGCGGCGGCGGUUCUUCCGGGCGGAGGCGAGCUCGUCGGCUUCGGCGUCAACGCCCCCCGCGCCCGUGCCGGCGGCGUCGGAUGAGGGGGCCGGAGCGGGGCCGUGCCCCGUCGUCAGGUUCGACAUGACCGACUUCGCCGUCGCUGACCGCAUCAGCGUCGGGCUCCACGGGCGGUCGGAUGAGAUGAUCUUCGAGGCCACGGUGCGCGAUCCGAGCAGUGAUCUGUACGGCUCGACGGUGGUGCUGCGGCAGCUGAUGAGCUCUCAGGCGAAGCGCAGGGGCCGGCGUGCGCUGGAGGUGCUGAAGAAGCUGGCUCGCCGCCAGAUGAUGUACCACUCUUACGCGAUGCAGGUCCAUGGAUAUGUUCUUCCGAGCAAUGAAGUGGAGCAAGACGAUGGUCCCUUCAUCCUGGUGCAUGGGUACCAUGGGAGUUACUCCUUGCGCCACUGGUUGCAACUCUCUGAUUGGCUUCCAACCUUAGAAGCGACGUUAGCAUUGGAUGAAGACCAAGUUAGGAGGGUAGGCGACGAUUCAAUAGGAGGACCUGCUGUAACCCGGCAGCUACGUCUAAUCAGGAUAUUGAUGAGAGACCUUCUUAUUGGUGUAAAUUAUCUUCAUAGCCAUGGACUAGCACAUACUGAGCUUAGAUUGGAGAAUGUCCAUGUAAGCCCAAUAGACAAGCAUGUUAAAGUUGGUAUUCUGGGGAAUGCUGUUGAUUUUCAUGAUAGUGAACCUAGAAAUAGCACAUUAGCAAGUAACGAUGAAAGGAGAAAAAUGAUGAUUGCAUUUGACAUGAGAUGUGUUGGGUUCAUCAUGGCAAAGAUGGUUCUGAGAGAGCUAAUGGAUCCUUCUACUUUCCUGAAAUUCAAGUCAUUCUUGACAAAGGGAAAUGAUCCUGCAUGCCUGCGUGAGUUCCUUCUGCCCAUUCUGUGCCAAAAUUCUCCAUCCGGGAAUAUUGGUCUGCAGAUGCUUGAUCGACAGUGGGGUGCUGGUUGGAAUCUUUUUGCAUUAUUGUUGGCAACAAAACCUGACAAAAGGAUAAGCUGUGUGGAUGCAUUGCGACACCCCUUCCUUUGUGGACCUAAGUGGCGUAUAAAUCCAUCAUUAGAUGUCAUACGGUGGGGUUUGGGUUCUACAGCUGUCCACAUGGCUGAAGAUUAUAUAUAUGGACGGCAUCAGCGUAGACGGUUAGCAUAUUUUGUUGAAUUGAUGGAGGUGCUAAACCCUAAUACAAGAAGAGAGAGCUGGCUCAACAACUUAACUGGUCGUUGGCGUCUCUUAUACUGUACCGGAAGGCACAUCGGUCUAACUCUUCGUCAGCCUUCUCCAAGAAUCCUCAUCACUGAUGCGUUUCUCGCAUUUGCGCAAACUGCAGACUCCAUUGAUCCCGUGUUCUCUCUGACCUCAGACAUCGGCUUCAAAAUUAUGGCAGAAUCUGAUUGGCCUCAUGACAAAUCUGGUACGGAAGGAACAUUAUCUGUUAACACAUCUGCGAGGAUAGCAACUGGCAGAAUUUAUAUUCAUGAACAAGAUGGUACAGAUAGUAGGGCUACAUCUUCAAAAUCCUCUAGGAGAUACCUCCGUGGUAAGUGGAGAAAAGUUUCAAAAAUGAAAGAGCUGCCUGCAAGCCUCCCCACAGUAAACAUUACAAUGGAUGAACCCGAUGUAUCGAUGAGCUGCAACUCGACUUUAAAUGUCAAUUCUGCACAGAAGGUGCUGCAAGAGAUCCGCACUCAGACCCCGCCAGAAAUGUUUGAUUUAUCAAAAAUUGUUUGUGGGACAUACAUUGAUGCAAGAUUGAUGAUUCUUCGCGGUGUUAACGGGUCUGCGUUACUUUUCACUAGAUCAAAUUCUAGAGCUGAUUCCUGAGGAUAGUCAGUGAAGCUUGUAACCGAUAUUCUUUGGGUGUACAUUCUUUGUAUUUCUAGUUGUACAUGAUUCAAAUCUUAUUCAUUACUCCACCAGCAAAUGUAAAUAAUAGAGUGUACGCUAAAUCAGUCUGCUA